AACUCUUCUAGAAGCCCGGUCUGUCAUCAUUCUGAAAUUUGGUUUGAUUUGUAAGGUGUCACGUUUAAUACCAAUGUUGUUCUGAAUGAAUUAAAAAGGUCUAUUUUUAUUGAAAAAAUGAAGCAGUUGAUAUUUUUAGUGGUCAGUUUAUUGCUUUUAAUUGCAUUUUUAGGAUUCACAAGAGCAGAUGAAUCUAUUGGGGAAGGAACGGUCGAAAAGGUUGACUUGGAUUUAGGGGCUAGUAGAGAAGGGUCAAGAACAGAUGAUGAAGUCGUUAAAAGGGAAGAAGAAGCAAUUAAAUUGGACGGUCUCAAUGUUGCCCAGCUAAAAGAACUACGCGAGAAAGCGGAAAAAUUCACUUUUCAAACGGAGGUUAAUCGGAUGAUGAAACUCAUCAUCAACUCUUUAUAUAGAAAUAAAGAAAUUUUCCUCAGGGAAUUAAUUUCUAAUGCCUCUGAUGCUUUGGAUAAGAUACGUUUGUUGUCACUGACAGAUAAAAAUGUGCUGGAUUCAAAUCCUGAGUUGAAUAUCCGUAUCAAAGCCGACAAGGAGGCAGGAAUGCUUCAUAUUACUGAUACUGGUAUCGGUAUGACCAAACAGGAUCUCGUUAACAACUUGGGUACUAUAGCCAAAUCGGGCACUGCCGAAUUUUUGAGUAAAAUGCAAGAUGCGUCUACGGCUCAGGACAUGAACGAUAUGAUUGGCCAGUUUGGUGUUGGAUUCUAUUCGGCCUUCUUAGUUGCGGAUAAAGUCAUUGUAACAACAAAACAUAACGACGAUAAACAGUACAUUUGGGAGUCUGAUUCGUCAAGCUUUUCUAUUAUUGACGAUCCUAGAGGUGACUCGUUAAAACGGGGCACGACAGUCAGUCUUCAAUUGAAACCUGAAGCUAAAGAUUUCCUUGAACAUGACACUGUCCGUUCUUUAGUUAAGAAAUAUUCCCAGUUUAUUAAUUUCCCAAUCUACAUGUGGACGAGUCAUACUGAACAAGUUGAAGAACCCAUCGAAGAGGAUGAGAAGUCUGAAGAAAAGGAAAAGCCUGAUACUGAAGAUGAGGCAGCUGUUGAAGAAGAGAAAGAAGAAGAAAAACCCAAGACGAAAAAAGUUGAUAAGACUGUUUGGGAUUGGGAACUUUUGAAUGACAGUAAACCAAUUUGGACGAAAAAACCGUCAGAAGUUGAAGACAAAGAAUACGAUGAGUUUUACAAGUCGUUAACUAAAGACAGUAAAGCACCUUUAGCAAAAGUUCACUUUAUUGCUGAAGGGGAAGUCACUUUCAAGGCUCUCCUGUACGUACCAGAAGUACAACCGUCUGAAAGUUUUAACAGAUAUGGUACCAAAACUGACAAUAUUAAGUUGUACGUGAGACGAGUAUUUAUCACUGACGAAUUUAACGACAUGAUUCCAUCUUAUUUGAGCUUCGUAAGAGGUGUUGUUGAUUCAGAUGACUUACCUUUGAACGUUUCCCGUGAAACUCUUCAGCAACACAAGCUUAUCAAAGUUAUUAAAAAGAAAUUGGUCCGUAAAGUUUUAGAUAUGUUGAAGAAGAUAUCUGAAGAAGACUAUGAGAAAUUCUGGAAAGAAUACUCCACAAAUAUCAAACUUGGAACAAUUGAAGAUCCAGCAAAUCGUACCCGAUUGGCUAAACUUCUUCAAUUCCAUUCCUCUCAUAGCGACAAAAUGACUUCUUUAGCCGAUUACGUCAAACGUAUGAAACCUAAACAAGAACGCAUUUUUUACAUUGCUGGUUCAUCCAAAGAAGAAGUACAAAAAUCACCUUUUGUUGAACGCUUGUUACGUAAAGGCUACGAAGUUUUGUAUCUCGUUGAAGCUGUCGAUGAAUACGCGAUCUCGGCAAUUCCCGAAUUCGAAGGCAAGAAAUUCCAGAAUGUGGCCAAGGAAGGGUUUAGUUUGACCGAAAGUGAAGGUGGAAAGGAACAAUUAGAGCAGCUGAAAACAACAUUUGAGCCAUUGACGAAAUGGUUGAGCGAUGAUGCUCUCAAGGACUACGUCGCCAAAGCAACAGUUUCAGAAAGACUAAGUGAUUCUCCGUGCGCUCUUGUCGCUAGCAUGUUCGGAUGGACCGGAAAUAUGGAACGUUUGGCUAUUUCGAACGCCCAUCAGAAAUCUGACGAUCCUCAGAGAUCUUAUUAUUUGAACCAGAAGAAGACUCUGGAGAUUAAUCCAAGACAUCCGUUGAUGCGUGAAUUGCUGAAACGUGUCAACGAUGAUCCUUCGGAUCCUACUGCCAAAGAUAUGGCGUUGAUGUUGUUCAGAACGGCAACGCUCAGGUCGGGUUAUAUGUUGAGAGAAACUGCGGAUUUUGCACACUCUAUUGAAGCGAUGAUGAGGAAAACUUUGGGUGUACCUCUGGAUGAAGGGGUAGAGGAAGAAGAAGAUCUUCCCGAAGAUGGCAUUCCGGAAGACGAGAGUGAAGAGGUCAAGGAUGAUGGAGAACAUGAUGAAUUGUAAAUAGUGUGAGUGUGUUUGUGUGAUAAUGAUUGGUUAACGAUCAUCCAAGACUGUAUAAUUUUUGUAUCGUACCUAUUUAAAUUAUAAUAAACAAUACUUAAAUUUUAAA